UUGACUUUCGUUUAGUGUCUGGGGCACAGCUUUUUCCGCCAGUUCGCAGUUUGUUUCGCUCAAUCUAACGCACCGGGAUCGUCCUUAAGCGCGCAGAUCAUAAAGACAGAAUAUACGCACUCUCGGAGCGGAAUCGGCUACGACAAUCGUCUCUGUUUGAUCUGGAAACAAACGCGGGGUUCAUUAUCCAAACAGCUCGGGCGUACAUAUACGCUAUAAGCAACUUGUUAUAUUUAUCGCAACAAUAAACAAAGCUCCCAGGGAUCUCCCCACCACUCUCGGAGGCGGAACUUGAAAUGGCAGCUCCAGGCGCCGCCAGCAUGGCAGUCGUCUCUAGCCUACUUCUCCUGGCAGCCCUCUCGUCCAGUCUCUGCUCGGCCGGAACGCUCAACACCCGUCCUGCUUUUCCCGUGCAAAUAGGACAGAUACAGCCCAGCGCUCAAAGCAGCAAGCAGCCCGGCAGACGCGUCAUGAACCCGGCAUUUGCCAACGCCGGCCGCACUCCCGGCCUGGAGAUCUGGCGCAUCGAGAACUUUGAGCCGGUUGCCUAUCCGAAAAGUAACUAUGGAAAAUUCUACACUGGAGAUUCGUUUAUAGUUCUUAACACAAUUGAAAACAAGAAAGAUAAAAAACUGUCAUGGGAUGUACACUUUUGGCUGGGAUCAGAAACCUCUACCGACGAGGCAGGAGCUGCAGCUAUUCUCACGGUCCAGUUGGACGACUUGUUGAACGGCGGUCCAGUCCAGCACCGCGAGGUGCAGGACCACGAGUCACAGCUGUUUCUCGGGUACUUUAAGAACGGCAUUCGCUACGAGCAGGGUGGCGUCGGAACUGGCUUUAAACAUGUGCAGACCAAUAGCCAGGGAGAAAAGCGACUGUUUCAGGUCAAGGGCAAGCGCAACGUGCGCGUCCGACAGGUCAACCUAUCCGUGUCUUCGAUGAACAAGGGCGAUUGCUUUAUUUUGGAUGCCGGCAGCGAUAUAUAUGUCUACGUGGGUUCCCAAGCCAAGCGCGUGGAGAAGCUGAAGGCUACCAGCGCCGCGAACCAGAUCCGGGACCAGGAUCACAACGGACGAGCCCGUGUCCAGAUCAUCGACGACUUCAGCACUGAUUCUGACAAGCAACAGUUCUUUGACGUGCUCGGAUCGGGCUCUGCUGACCAGGUGCCAGAGGAGUCAACCGCAGACGAGGACGGUGCGUUCGAGAGGACAGACGCCGCAGCGGUUUCCCUCUACAAGAUUAGCGACGCCAGUGGCAAGCUAAAAGUGGACACAAUUGCUCAAAAACCACUCACUCAGGCUAUGCUGGACACGCAUGAAUGCUUUAUCCUGGACACUGGCUCUGGAAUUUUCGUGUGGGUCGGAAAGGGUGCUACGCAGGCGGAGAGGACGAACGCCAUGUCUAAGGCGCAGGAUUUUCUAAGCAGCAAGAAGUAUCCGGCCUGGACCCAAAUCCACCGAAUUGUAGAAGGCGCCGAAUCCGCAUCAUUUAAACAGUAUUUUGCCACUUGGCGUGAUGUUGGAAUGGCGCAUACUCGCCUGAUUCGGUCAGCCUUGGAUAUCGGUUCUGAUGAAUCGCUUGAUUUGGACGAAAUCGACGCUGUAACGACUCAACUAAAAAAGAGCGGCGGUCGGGCCUUCGGCUUUAUGCCUGACCACGGUCAAAACAGCAUUGAAACCAUUACCCAGUACGUUGUUAAAUCUGGUUCCGACGAGGUCGAGGCUAACACCAUCUCCUUCGACGAAAACCUUUCGCUUCUGGGAUUCGGUUCAUACGUUCUCACUUACAACUACGAGGCUAACAACGGAGACAAAGGUUACAUCUCUUAUGUGUGGCAGGGAGUUAAAUCACCAGCUUCAGCUAGAAUCCGCGCCUUCAAGGACGGUCUGGCUCAGGCUGCGUCCAACGAAGGUCUUCUUGUGCUGGCAAAUCAGAACCACGAGCCGCGCCACUUCUACAAGAUUUUUAAGGGAAAGUUGCUGACAUCUUACACUUCUCUUCCGGUAACAGCGCAACUGUUCCGCAUACGCGGCAUUGUAGAAACCGAUAUCCACGCCAGCGAGGUGCCUGCCGACAGUUCAUCCUUGGCAUCGGGUGACGCAUUCGCUCUUCUUUCCGGAAAGAGCCACAAGAUCUACGUAUGGAACGGUUUGGGCGCAUCUGCAUUCGAGAAGAAAGCAGCCCUAGAUCGUUUCUCGAACUAUUGGGACGACGUAGAGAUUGAACAGGUGGAGGAGGGUGCAGAGCCAGAGGAGUUCUGGGAUGAGUUAAACGGCGAGGGCCAGUACAAUCGCAGCUUGGGAGAUCUUGGAGCACCGCUUCUGGAGCCGCGCCUUUUUCACUGCCGUGUGAGCUCUGGUGGAUUUGUUAGGGUUGAGGAAGUGGCAAGAUACGAGCAGGACGAUUUGGACUCUGAUGACGUCAUGCUGCUAGACGCUGGCGACGAGAUAUACCUGUGGGUUGGUUCUGGCGCUUCUGAGGAUGAAAAUGAGAGGAUUCUUGACAUGGCUAAGCAUUAUAUUCGAUUGGAGCCCACUGCUCGUUCCAUCGACACGGUGAGCAUCAUCCGCGUACCUCAAGGCAAGGAACCGAAUGUUUUUAAGCGCAUGUUCCCGACCUGGGACGACGAUUACUGGAAGAACUUGCUUACCUACGAAGACAUAAAGAGGGGGGUUACUGAUGCCAACAAUGGAGUCUAACGCCACAGGUUAAAGUCGCACCGAAAUUAACCAAAAAUUUGUUAGUUUUUUCUUUUAAAACCUAUAUCUUUUGUAACUUUAUAAUAAAUCUAAAAACUAUUAAAUGUA